AUGGUUUCUAAAAUCAUAUUGACCUUAUUGAUUGGAUUAGUAAUUUGUGCUACAGAUGAUUUUAAUAUAUAAGAACAUUAAGAAGAGUUUCAAUCUUGCUAACAGCUUUGCGAGAAUAAAGGAAUUUUUUUAUUAAAUCAAUGCAUAAAUAUAGUUGCCUUGAGAACAUCUAAUGAAUUUAAUUCACCAUAAUAAAGAUGCUAUAGAAUUAUUGAGGGAAUGAUUAACGAUUGCACUAGAUCAUAAUGCAUAUAAGGCUAAGAUUAGAAUUCAGUCUUUUAAGAUUUCUUAAGUUCAUAAAAAUGA